UUUUACUAGAGUACCACUUUAACGACCGGCUACUUUUUAACUCUUUUUAUCGUUUACCGUAAGAAAAUGUGGUUUUCAUCAUUUAUUUACACCAUUUUAAAAUGAUAUCAAUCGAAUUUAAGUGGUAUGCCUGUUGCACAUUGACAGUGACUAAAUUACAAAAUUUAAAUCUUUUUGAUAUAAGUUAAAAUUAUAAAGAUAAAAAAAAAAACGAAAAUAAAUUAAUAAUAAGUUGAAAUGAAGCGAAAUUAGUAGUACAUUAUUGUAACUUGUUGUAUCUAUGGUAUGUAUUAAACUAUGAUGCAACAACCUCACUCGCCAACAAUGGCGCCAAAUCUAGAGUUUAUUGAAUCUUAUAUGGAUUGCUUAGAAAGUUUACCUCUGGAAAUACAAAGACUGGUAACCCAAAUUCGUGAAUAUGAUGUUCUUUACAGAAAAAAUAUUGAGCAAAUAUCUCGUUUUUCUAACAUGUAUCAGAGCGAGGAUUAUCAUUUGAAAAGACAGUCAAUUUUAACUAAACUUCAAAAGUGUUUGCUUAAAUCUCAGCAAUACGCUGAUGAAAAGCUUCAACUUAUAUCUCAGAUGGUAGAUUUGACCGAGUUGAGAAACCAACAAGUGUCGAGAGAUGCAGAGGCAGUUAAUGUUGAGCAAAAAGAUGAGAAUUUUUUAAAAACUAAAGUGGAAAAGCAAAAGGUGACAUUACCUGAAAAUUCAAUAAAAAGUUAUUUAGCAAAGCGACCUAGGAGAGGAAAAACUAAUGAUAAAAACAAUGAUAGAGAAAAAAUAGUUCAAACAUUAAAAGAAGAAUUAGAAGAAGAGGAAACAGAAGAAGUAGAAGAGGAAGAUUCAAGAUUACGAAGCAGUAAUAAUAAAAAAAAAGAUAAACUAGUUCAUUGUAAAGUAAAGGAAGAGGAUAAAAAAAUUGAGAAAAAAAACCCUAUAAAAAUUACUAAAAAGUCAAGUAAAUUAUCAAAAAGUAAAAAGAAAAAAAAAGAAAAAGAACAUAGCUCUGAGGAUAUGGUUGUUGAUCCUGAUGAACCAACAUAUUGUUUAUGUAAUAGUAUUUCUUAUGGAGAUAUGAUCGGUUGCGAUAAUGAUGACUGUCCUAUUGAAUGGUUCCAUUUUGGUUGUGUAAACCUUACUCAUAAGCCAAAAGGAAAAUGGUUUUGUCCAUCCUGCGUUACUGAGAGAAAGGGUAAAAAGUGAUAUUUAGCAGUAUAUAUAUAUAUAUAUAUAUAUAUAUAUAUAUAUAUAUAUAUAUAUAUAUAUUAAUGUAUAUAUAUAUAUAUAUAUAUAUAUAUAUAUAUAUAUAUAUAUAUAUAUAUAUAUAUAUAUUCAGAUAUACACAGAAAAAAAUAACUGCAACAUAAAUGUGUAAAAUUGCUAUUAUUUAAACAAAAAUUAUCUUACGUACACACACACUAAAAAUGUAUACAACAAUUUAAAGGUAUAUUGAAAAAGUUAUUUUCUUUA